AGGGAGGGAAGGUGGAGUUAGAGCAUCGGGCGGUGGGGACGGGGUUUGUGAUGGGGAUGGAGGGGUUGCUGGAGGCGUUUGAAACGCGCAUGGAUGAGGACGAAUGGCCGAAGCAGAGGGUUGGUUUGAUCUGUGUGGAGGCGACGUUUCAGGCCAAGACAGAGUGCGAGCUGCUGCUGCUCCUGCUCGACGACCUAUUCGACACGCUAGAGAGCUUCCCCCAGCUGCUGCACGACAUGCGCUUUGCCCUGCGCCUGCCCAUGGGCGUGCACGAGCAGCAGCAGAACCGCCUGGCGCGCAGCCGUGGCAUCGCUGCUUCCGCUGUGCGCGACGCCCUGGCCAGCGAGCAGGAAAGGACUUUUGAGACGCCUCUAGAGUGCAUGAGCCAGCAGCAGCAGCAGCAGUAA